AUGUCGACCGUCGCCCAGUUCGAAUGCACAUCUACCCGUGUUUGGGAUAUCAAGGACUCUUACUCGUACUAUGGUGACUUCGAAGCCAACUCUGGCAGCGAUGGCGCACUGUCCAGUGGAUUACCAAGCCCUCUCAACUCAUCCAACGGCGUCUACAGUCCACACGCUUCAUACGACUGGGUGACGACAAUGGUCGGUCAGUCGACACACUUUAUCCAAGCGUACGAUCGAUCAAAGGGGCUAUCCACAGAAUCUGUCCUUCGAGCCACACGCGCUAUACCAGCACUCCACCUUACGCCUGCCACAGUGAGAUCCAUGGUUGUCGCCUGCAUGAUUCCGCUCGCUGCUACGCUGCAACAGUACGCUAUGCGACUCGAAAGACACCAAAUCUACUUUGUUGGCGCCGGUCUGGUCCUUCUAGUUUUAUUAUCGUUGGUCAUUGCCGACGGCGACGGGUGCGACCUUGUAGGAUACUCGCCAAUGAACCGCGAUAUAUUCGACGCGAGGAGUCCCAUACCUGAGGUUGUUCCGUUUGGAUCGAUGUCCCCCCUCAUCCGGAACGAACCUAACCACUCCCGUCUUAUAAAGCGACACCUGGACCAGAUGCCAAUAAACAUCAAUGGUCUUCCCCCAGAAGUUCUACUUGACAUCUUUGUACCACUUGCACAAGCAUCCGUAAAUGAUCGAGGUUCCUUGAUGUCCGUUUGCCGUCUUUGGCGGGACCUCGUCGUUGAGACUAGCAGUAUGUGGACGAAAUUUAUCGUCCACUUUACUUGGAAACAUCGAGGUCAUCUGGAGGAUAUGAUUGCAUCGCUUGAACUGCAACUCAGCCGUGCUAGUAUACAGCAUUUGGAUGUCACUUGGGCGAAUGGGAUGAAGCUUCCACAUCCCAUGGUUCCACGCUUUUGUGAACUACUUAGACGUGCUCCAUUCUCGAGAUGGCGUUCGUUGAGCCUUCAUUACGAAUACGGUGCGGAUACGGAGAUGUUCCUCAACCUUCUAAAGGACGAUCCAGGAUUCGUAAACCUAGAAUCGCUUCGACUAAUAUCACUUGUAUCUGAUGGCCUCCUUAGGCAUGUCAAUGAGACCAUCGGACCUCGCUUCCGGUCAUUGACUAUUGUAGGCCAAAAACCAUCUGCCGACUUGUUCCAAAAAAGUCUUACCAACGUACUCAAAUACUUAUCUAGUAUAGAGAUUUACGAUCCAGGCUCGAUAUCCUCGGAUACCCUCCCCCCAAAUAUCAGCGAGCUCACCACGCAUUGUCGGCCAAAUUCCCCACUUCCUUAUAUUGCGACCCUCCAUUCAACAUUCAUACCAUCCGGUAACUUUCCCUCGCUCACUACCCUACAUCUCAAGGUUUCUCCAUCUGCUCUCAUGAGGAGCCCUAUAACAAUCCCCACACUCCAGCACCUGCUUAUCCGGGGACCAAUUUACAUCCCAUUAGAGGAAAUUCAUGCUCCUCUUCUUUGCUCGCUGACUCUAUCGUAUGACCCGGUGACAGCCGCUCAAAAGUCCUCGGUAAUUUACGUUGCCAACUAUACCCUUGGCGUAGUCUUUGAUCAAAGUACCACAAAAUAUACACUCACGCCAUCCAAACUGAAUAUCCUUCAGCCCUUUCAAGCGGACAUACUCGAGUCCAUCCUUCUUCAUUCGCCGACCGUUACGAGUCUGCGAAUUGCCUGCGAGGAGGCUAGAACGGCUCAGAUGGUCCUCGAGUUUCUACUUCAUCGGAGCAAUAUAGAGAAUAUGACACAAGGUGACAUUGUACAGUUCGCGAUCUGUUCACAGCUUAUUUCCCUGGAAAUUAUUGCAAUGUGGGAUAUAGUUGAGGCAAGAGAAGAGUCGAAGAUCCAAAUACUUAUGCAUCAAGUACAGGAGCUCCGCCAUCUGCAGAGUAUAAGAUACUCUCAUUUUGUAUGA